UGCUGAGGGAAGCAGAGGGCGCUUCCGGUGCUGAUGUGGCCGGAACCCAGAGAAGGAAGCAGCUGAGGAGGAGGAGAAGGCUCAAGAUGCUGAGCCGUUUGUCAGGCCUCGCAAACACCGUCCUCCACGAGCUCUCAGGGGACGGAGAAGAUGACGGUGCUUCUACUUUGCCCUCUGGCCCAGACUUGGAGCCAUCGCAGCAGAAUGGAGAGGAGGCUCCGGAGGACCUGCUGGAGCGGCUGGCCCACACGGAGAGGCUGGUGGUCCAGCUGAAGGACCUGGUCCGGGAGAAAGAGGCCCAGCUCCAGAAGAAGGAAGCCGUGCUCCAGGAAGAAAGGCAGGCUGCAGAUGCCAAGCUGCUGAAGCUGAAAUUGCAGGCCAAGGCGAAGCUGGCGUCUCUGAACAAGCGCAUUGAAGAGCUGACAGACAAGGGGGGAGCGUCGCUGGGAGAGCCUCCCCCUCCUGCCAAGGAUGAAAAUGACCAGAGGACACACAGCAAAACAGAAGAAGAGACGGAAGGACUACAGAGGCAGCUUCAGGAACGGGAUGAAUUGGUGGCGAAGCUCCAAGAACAGCUGGAGGCAGCGACAGGAAGCCUGGCAGAAGCACAGGCCCAGCUCAGCACUUUGGAAGAGGAAGUCCAGCGGAAGGACUCGCUCCUUGAGGAUCAGGCCCAUCGGCACCAAGCUGAAUUGCAGCGCCUUGCCGCCCAGUCAGCUCUGGAGGCAGAAAUGCAGCAGAAUCUCAGGCUCUUGCAACGGAAGUUGGAGGAGCAAGAGGCCGCUUUGAUGGGGCGAACCCAAGUGGUGGAGCUGCUGCAGCAGGAACUGGAUGCGGCUGAGGAGCAGAAACAGGUUCUUUUGGGGAAAUUCCAGGAGGCUGACGCCGAGCGGGAGUCCCUGAGGGGCGCCUUGGCUGUCCAGAGGCAGGAGUCCCAAGUCCUGGUGGAGCGGCUGGAGCUGGAGCUGGCCGAGAAGAAGAUGGACUCCCACCGGCUGCAGGAGAAGGCCCAGUGGCUCUCCCAGGAAGUGGCCCUUGCCGGAGCCGCCCAGCAGAGGCACGCGGAGGAGAUGGCAGAGAAGGCCCAGGAAGUGGCCCGACUCCAGAGCGCGGAGCAGCAUUGGCGCUCCAGCUACGAGACCCUCCGAGCCGAAAACGCCCGUCUGCAACAGGAGGGAGAGCAGCCGCAGGAGGGAUCCGCUGAGGAGUCUUCCGUCCUGCAAGGGGAAGCUCCUGAGAAGCCCAAGGAAUCUGACCAUUCACUGGCUGAAUCGGAAGCACUUCCAUCCCAAGAUACAGGGCAGGAUGCUUCAGUGAGUGAGCCACUUGUUAACCAGGAGGCAGCCAUCUUGCUAGCCGUGAAUGCCGGGCAGCCGGAAGAACAAGAGUACAAAACCACCGCAGAGGCCACAACAGAGACAGACGCUUCCAAGCGUGAUGUUUCAGAAACGAGGCCCGACUCGAUGGGAAGCCCAGCAGAGUCAAGCCAGGCCCAUCUGCUCAGCAGCCCUGAGGAUCCUCCGCUUGCCACCGAGAAUGGGCAGCCUGACGUCUUGGAAUACCUCACUGCAAAGAAGCAGAGGGACCUCUCAGUGCUGCUGGUGGAGCUCCAAGAGGCCCAAGAGGAAAUAGCCUUUCUCAAGGGGCAGCUCCAGGACCCCCAACAUCUGGACCCGGAUGGGGCUGCGGAGGCAGUGGGACGGUCUCAGGCUGAGGAAGAGGAGAAGGACAGAGGGGUUGAAGGGGUUGAAGGGGCUGCGGGGCCCACCCAGAGCGAUUCCAGUAGUAGUUCGCUGGUUACGGUAGACAUCCAGGAAGAUGGCCUCUGCACGGAAGGGAGGGAUGCAGCCCAGGAACUUACACCUGCCUCAGCUUUGCACAUUGAAAUAGUUGAGCUGCAGAGAAGGCAGCAGGAGGUAGAAGAACAGCACAAGAGGACAUUGGGAGAGAAACUGGAGGAGAUCCAGAGGCUGCAGGAGCAAUUGGAAGCAGAAGAGCAGCACAAGAGGGCCUUGGAAGAGAAAGAGGAGGAAAUCCGGAGGCUGAAGCAGCAGAUAGAGGACUCUGGAGGGGCUUUGCAAGGUCUUCACUCAGAGAAAGGCAAAAUGGAGGAGCAAAUGAAGCAACUGGAGGAUGACUUGGCCGAUUCGGAGAAGCGGAGGUUCUCCGACUAUGAGAGUGGGGUCUCCCGGCUGGGCCUGCUGACGGAGGAAAUCGAGACCCUGCAAAACGAGGCCAGCUCCAAAGAGGUGAAAAUUGCCGCUCUGCAGAAGGACCUGGACGAGGCCCAGCGCCUCCUCACAGAACAGGACCUGCUCAUGAAAAGCUUGAAGGACCAACUCGAGAGGCAGGAGCUAGAAAGGCAGGCGUUGGCAGGGCAGCUGCAGGAGAGGGAAAGGAAGGCAGAGGAGCUCUCCAAAAACCUUGCCUCAAAGGGACAGGAGGUCUCCAAGUUGGAGGGGCUCCUCUCUGAAAGCUCUGCAGAGGUUGAGCGUCUCCGGCAGGACGUGGUGGAGCGGGAGGAGCGCAUGGAGGAAGUCAGCCGUGGCAUGUCAGACCGGAUGGUCCAGUUGAAUGAGGAGAAGUUCAUGUUGGGGAAGGAGUUGAAGAGCUUGACGGAGAGACUGAGCUUGUACAUGCAAGAAAAGAUGACCAGAGACCAGGGCGUAGGGACGGAGGAAGAAGAGAAGGAGGAGAAAGAGAAGGAAGAAGAAGAGGAACCUCUUGAGCAACAUCCAGAGGAGCUCCCAUCUGCCAGCCAGGAGGUAGCAAAACUGAGGAAGGAGAAUAAGCUGGUGAAGAAAAAGCUCCAAGCUGCCCUCCUCAGCAGGAAGGAGCUGCUUGGUAAAGUCCGUCUACUGGAGAAGGAGCUGGAAGUCAAGAGGGAAGCACAAGCAGAGCCUGGGACCAAAUCCCCAGCAGUCCAGGAGAACAAAGAGCACAAGGAUCCCAAUGAGAACAGUGGAAAUGCAGAAGGAGAUGCACAUCCUUCAAGGCAAGUCAGGUCUGCCUCUGUCGGCCAGUUGACCCCCACAAAGGAGUCUGAGUUGCAAGACAUCCUGAAGGAGAAAGAGUCCGAAGUGAUGGGACUGCAAGCGGUGGUUGCAGAGCUGCAGCAGAGUUUGCGGGAGAAGGACCUCCUUGUUGUCACUCUGCGGGAUGAACUUGAGGGCCGCAGUUUGGCCUCCAAGGAGCAGACCCCUCUGGAUCCAGAGGGAGAUGGCACAGCUGACCUUCCGCUGCCUGAGGUUGGUGGCGCUACGGUCACUGCAGGACCACAGGAGGGUGAGCUGAGGGUCAGUCUAGAAGAGAAGAUCUGUGCUCUGGAACAGGAGAGAGAACAGUUGCAGAAGAAGCUCCAGGAGGUCCUGGCCUCCCGCAAGGACACCCUCAAGAAGGCCCAGGAGAAGGACCGUCACCACCGGGAGCAGAUAAAGCAGCACAAGGAUGACUACAGUCUCCUCCGGGAACAGUUUGAGCAGCAAGAAAAGGAGAAGGAGAACCUUCAGGAUCAGAUCCAGGCCCUGCGCAAGGCUCUGGAGGACUCAAUUCCUCCUCAAAGCGAACCAACAUCUGACGCUAUCCAAGAGUCUGGCUGGGAGGUUCCUGAAGUGCCUGAAAGGCACUGCUCAGCAGAUGAAGAUUCAGCCACAGAGCAGCUCAAGGCAGAGCUUGAGCAAUUCAGGGCUGAGAAAGGAGAGCUGGAGGCCCAUAUUCACCGCCUAGAAGGAGAGCUGGAGAGCAAGACGGAGGCAAUUCUGCAGCUCCAGGAAGAGGCCAAGCAGUUGCUUGCUGAGGUGGAAGUAGCAAAGGCAGACUGCCGUCGAGCAGAAGACACCGUGGAGCAUCUCCAACUGGAGCUGAAAGAGAGCCAGGCAGAGGCAGUUCAGCAGGAGAGGCUGAGGAUCCAACAGGAGCAAAAGGCCAUUGCCAGCGAGGAAGAAAUAGCGGCACUGAACUCCCAGCUUGCAGAGAAAGAGGAAUCUCUGUGUCAGCUCCAGUCAGAGCUGCAGGAAAAAGAGGGCACUAUCCAAGCCCUGCAAGGGCAGCUGGAGAGGCAGAGGGAAGAAUUCGCCCAACGGCUAAAAGUCGAAUCAGCCGAAGCGCAGCAAAAAGCGGCGGAAGAAGCUGCUGAGAGCCAGUCCAUUGCUCAGCUGCAACGGAAGCUACAGGCGGCUCUCAUUUCCAGAAAAGACAUCUUGAAGGAGAGCAAGUUGCUGAAGGAGGAGCUGAGCAGCACCAAGGCUGCUCUGGAAAGUGCCUCUCUCCGCUUGACAGGGGCAGAGGGCCAGGUCGCCGAGCUGGCAAAGGAGAAGAAGGCACUUCUGGAGAAGCUGUCAGCCCUUGGAGAAGAGCGGGAGAAACUCAUAGUGGAGGUGGACAAGGCCUUGGUGGAGAACCAGAACCUCUCUGGGUCCUGUGAGAGCCUGAAGCUGGCCCUGGAGGGGUUGACCCAGGAGAAGACGCGGCUGGAAGAAACAGUGGACUCUCAACAGCGCUCUCUCAACAGUGAGCUGUCCGAAUGGCAGGAGAAACACCGAGAGCUUCAGAAGGAGUACGAGACCCUCCUGCAAUCUUACGAAAACAUCAGUGAUGAGGCUGAGAGGAUCCGGCGGGUGGUGGAGAGUGUCCGUCAGGAGAAGCAGGAGAUUUUCAUCAAACUGAAGGCUGCAGAGGCAGAGAAGAAGGAGGUGGAAGAGCGCCUCCAGGGGACCGAGCAGGAAGUGGAAGGGAUGAGGGAGAAGAUGAGGAAGUUCGCAAAGUCUAAGCAGCAAAAGAUCCUGGAGCUGGAAGAGGAGAACGAGCGCUUGAGGGCAGAGGCCCAUCCCAUGGAAGGUGACCAAGGAAAGGCAGAAGAAGCAAGUACUUUGAUCAGGAAAGAGCUGGAGAACUCCAAGCAGACCUGCGAGUCCCUCUCUGUUCAGCUGAAAAUGUUGACGGCUGAGAAAGAUGCUCUGGAGCAGCAGGUCCAAGACUUGAAGUCCUUGCAAAGUGAGGCGAAGGCAGUGAGAAAGUCCAGCAGAGGAGAGGAGCCAUUGACAGCCAGUGAGGGAGUCAGUUCUACCAUGAUGAUGGUAGCACCUUCAGAGGCAACUUCAUCACCUCCAGAGUCCAGCACUGUGAGCCUUGAGACUAAGCAAGAAGCCAGUCCACCGAGCGAUGAGAUCAACAAGGCCAUACAACGGAUUGCACAGCUUGAGGAGCAGGUUGCAGAACUAGAGGAGAAGAGGAAGACAGGGGCUGAGGAGCUGAGCAACGUCCUGUGUGAUUUGGAGGCCUUAGGAGAAGAGAAAAAGAACCUGGAGGACUCUCUGGCCACAAAAAGCCAGGAGCUGGAAGUUCUGCAGGAGAAGGUGGGCCAGGUGGAACAAGCCAGCCAGGAAAUGGAGGAGCGGCUUGAUGCAGCUUUGAAGCUGAAAGAAGCUCUGGGAGCCGAGAAGGACGACCUAGAGGAGCGGCUGAUGAACCAACUGGCAGAGCUGAAUGGGAGCAUCGGGAACUACCAGCAAGAUGUGGUGGACUUGCAGAACAAGAACCAGCUGCUGGAGAGCGAAAUGGAGGGCCUUCGAGGCGACCUGAUCCGGUUGGAGGAGGAGAAGAGGCACCUGCUCAGGGAGAAAACCCAGGUGGAAUCAGACCGGAGGGAGAAUGCGGAGAAGCUGAAGAGCGCCUGGAAGGGCAACAGCGGCCGGACUCAGGUGAAGGAGCUCCAGGAGCUGCUGAAGGAGAAGCAGGAGGAGGUGAGGAAACUCCAGAGGGACUGCAUCAAGAGCCAGGAGAAAAUCAGCAGCUUGGAGAGGACUGUCAAAGCUCUGGAGUUUGUACAGAGCGAGUCCCGGAAGGAGCUGGAAGCCAGUGGGAAAAGCUUGGCCCAGGCGAGAGAGGAGACUCGUGCGGCUCAGGCCGAACUGGCCUCCUGUAGAGUCCUGUUGGAUGACACCCAGAGUGAGGCCGCCCGUCUCCUGGCCGAAAGCCUCGGGGUGAAAGAGGAGCUGCGGACAAGCAAGGCGGAGGCCAAAGUGCAGUUGAAGCAGAAGGAGACAGAGCUGGAGAGGCAGCUGGAGCAGGAGAAGGGCAAGCAUGCCAAGGAGAUGAGCAACAUGGAGGAGCGGCUGGAGGCCCUGAGAAGGGAUCAGGAGCGUUCAGAAGGGGAGACGCAGGCCCUCCGGGACACUCUGCGCCGGAAGGACCUGGACGCCCAGCAACUCCAAGGCAGCCUGAACCACACGCUGGCCCAACUGGCUGCCUUCACCCGCAGCAUGUCCUCCCUACAGGACGAUCGGGACCGGGUCAUCGACAAGUCCCGGCAGUGGGAGAAGAAGUUCAGCGAGGCCAUUGAGAAGAAGGAGCAAGAGCUGCGUGUCAAGGAGGAGGCUUGUGCGAACUUGGAGGAACAGGUGAAGAGAACAGGUGCCCAGGUGGAAGACCUGCAGAGACACCUGGCCAGUUUGGAGGACAGCAAAUUGGCCCAAGAGUCCAGUGCCCAGGAGGAGCGCCAGCGUCACCACAAAGAGGCCGAGUCACUCCUGGAGGAGAAAGGGCGGCUUGCGUCCCAGCUUGAGGAGUCUCAGAAACUGCUGAGCAACUCCCAAAGCCAGGUCCAGAAGCAAGAGCAAGAGCUUCGGGUUCUGAGUGAGCAGCUUUCCUGUCUGCAGGAUUCUCUGGCAAAGUUGAAGGAAGACCAGGAAGAAAUGGUGAGGACAAUCAAAAGCCAUGAGGCCAGUCUCCAAGAGAGCCGGUUUAGACAGGAGCAACUGGAGGCAGACCUAAAAGCUUCCAAAGACCUGACAGAGAGGCUCCAGGAAGAAAUGAGUGGCAAGGACCAGAAAAUCGUCAGCCUCUUGUCCGCCAAAGACGAGGCAGUUUCUGCAGCUGUGUCAGAAUGGCAGCAACGGCAUGCGGAGGAGCUGAAGGAGUUGGAAGAUCGCAUGGACAGAGCAGGAGAAGAGAAGUUGGCCUUAGAAAUGGAGCAGAGGAAAGUUCUGGAGAAAGUGGAUCUCCUCACUGGGAAGCUGAAGGACGCCCGGGAGGAGAGCCGGCAGCACAAGACCCAGCUGGACUCCUUCACCCGCUCCAUGUCCUCUCUGCAGGACGACCGCGACCGCAUCCUGGCAGACUACCGUCAGUUAGAGCAACGGCACCUGGCUGCCAUCUUGGAGAAAGACCAGCUGAUCCAGGAGGCGGCCACCGAGAACAAUACUUUGAAGGAGGAACUCCGGAGCCUCCACGGCCAGAUGGACGACCUAAAUGCGGAGAACGCCAAGCUGGGGGCCGAGCUGGUCCGCUACCGCCAGGACCUGAACCAGGUCAUCUCCAUCAAGGACUGCCAGCAGAAGCAGCUACUCAACACCCAGCUGGAGCGCAUCCAGGCACUGGAGAAGGAGAAAGAAGGUUUGGAGGGGCAGUUGAGGGACUCCGAGCACGUUUCGUCUGAACUUCGCUCAUCCCUGGAGGCCCUGCGGCAGGAGAAGGAAGACCUGGCAGCCUCUCUGUCCCAGCUGCAAAGUGAGAUGGCAGCUUUGCAUGAAGGUGGACCCAUGUUGGAGCUGCAGGUGCAGCUCCAGAGCAAAGAGGAGGAAGCACAGGAGCUGAGUGAGCAGCUCUCACUUGCACAGCAACAAGUGGCGGAGCUGAAGGAGGAGCUGCAAAAGGCAGAGGACAAGAUGAAGAAGGAACUGAAGAGUCUCCACCAUGAUGCUGGUCUCAUGAGGAAUGAGACUGAAACGGCUGAAGAGCGGGUGGCGGAGCUGGCCAAGGACCUCCUCGAAAUGGAGCAGAGGUUGCUUGCUGUCACGGAGGAGAACCAGGACUUAAAGGCCCAAUUGGAGUCCUUCAAGAAGGCCAUGAGCUCCCUCCAGGACAGUUGGGACCAGGCAAAUGAGGAGUUGCGGGCCAUGGAGAAGAAGAACUCAAUGGAACUGGAAGAGCAGCGGCUGCUGGUCCAGAGGCUCCAGGAGGAGAAGGCCCACUUUCAAGAGGAAGCAGGAAACCUGGCAAAGCACCGGGACCAGAUGGCGUCCAAUCUGGAAGCACUCAGAGAAUCGGCUGAGGAAAAGGGCCUUCUGACCCGGCUGGAGAAGCUUGACCAGCAGCUGCAAGCCAAAGACAGGGAGCUCCUCCGCCUGGCCUCAGAGUUGGAGGGGGCCUCUGCCCAAGUGACCUCCUUCUCCAAGGCCAUGGCCAGCCUUCAGGGGGAGAGGGACCGGCUGCUGAGUGAGCUGGACCGGGCCCGGAAAGCGGAGGAGGUCAAGUUGCAGUCAGACGCUGGAGUUUCCGCCAGUCUUGCCGAAGCAUCCAGCCUCAAGAAGGCCUUGUCUUCCCUGCAGAAUGACCGAGACCGGCUGCUGGUGGAGUUAAAGAACCUGCAGCAGCAGUACAUCCAGGUCGGGGUGGACACGGCCGAGAUGGAGCGCCUCAAAGCCCAGCUGGAGGCCCAGAGGCAAGAGGCGGAGGAGCGGAAGGAGCAAGGAGCUUCUUUGCAAUACGAGCUCCAGCAGCUCAGGGAGGAGAAAGCAGCCUGGGAACUGGAGGCCGCGUCGCUCAGAGAACAGCCUCAGAGGCUCCUGGCGAGAGAUGUGCAGGAGACAGCGAUGGUCGGCGGCCGCAUCGUGGAAGAACAGCACCAAAGACAGGCUGCAGCAGAGGUCGCUGGAUCCAGGCAGACUCCUGCAAGAGAUGGAUCUGAUCUAGAUGACCUCCAGGCCCAACUGAAAGGAAGCCUGAAAGAGCUGCACCAGAAGGAACUGCGCAUCCAGCAGCUCAACAACAAGCUUUCUCAGGUCUUUGAGGAGAAGAACUCUCUGGCGCUGCAGCUCCGAGGGAGCAGCCACAGCCUGCGCGAAAGCCAGCAGCGCUGCAGCGAAGCCCUUUCCCGGUGCGAGGCGUUCGAGAAGCAGUUGCAGGAGGUGCGGAUUCCGUCGAGGACACGGGAGCUCCACUUAAUUGACGCUGCCCCUGGAGCCCCCCAGGAAAGGAGUGAGCCCCCCAGAGAGAGCUACACCCCGGAGCUGCAAGAGCUGCAGGCCAAGCUCUCGGAGGCUAAGCAGGAGCAAAGCAGCGCCAAGCAGGGCCUGCUUCAGCUCGAGGAGCUUUUGCAAGAGGAGCAGGACCGGCGCCUGGCGGCCGAGGAGGCCUUUGCCGCCGCGCAGGAUCACAUCCGCAGGUUGGAGUCGGCUGAGUGGGCGCACUCUCUGGACACCAGCAUCGACAUCCCCCUCGGUCCGGAGCAGGCGCUGCUGACUGGUCCUCCGGAUGGCUCCUUCAGCAAGACCCGAGGUGGGGGUGCCGGACUACGCCGUGUGCUUCGCGGGCUCUUCUGCUCCCGGCGGCGCCUCCCGCUCCUGGCCGGGGCCUACCUCCUCACCCUCCACCUGCUGCUCCUCCUCUGCUUCACGGGCCACUUGUGAGAAGGAGAGGCCUCUCCACCGGCGCGACAGCAAAGCCCCGUCCAUCCAGCGGGUCCUGCUUGGCUGCGGACGAACAAGGAGGAAGCCCUUGCACGCAGCGGCCAUCCUUGGCGAAAUGCUUGACCCCAAGACACGGUCAGCAUUGAGGAGAGCGUUCCCUCUACCACCGCCACCUUGGUUUCGUUUCCCACAAAAGCGUUGGUGUUUUCACGGUUUGAACAAACCAAUCAGGGUGAAAUGUUUCUUCACGGUGUUUAAGUUAAUUUUGGGAGGGGUUUAUUUUCCUCCUCUAAAUGUCGUUCCAUGGGCAAAGAAGGCCUUGCGUUCUGCAGCGUGCUGGCAUGCUGAAGGCCUCGUCAGCACUCGUUUUUCACCCGUUUUGGGAAAAGGAGAGCAAGUCUGCUCCAAUUCGAAGUUGCAGCAAACCUCAAGAUCUUGCACUUGUGUCGGUUGAGCCAUGCAGUCUGGGUAAACUGCAUGGGAAAGGGCUUGACCUCUAUGAGAAGGGUAACUUGCCUUCCAAAGCGCCUAUUUCUUGCACUGUGCAGACAGGAAGGAAACAGAAUGGGGCCAGAGUCUCCCCAAAAUGCAACAGAGGUCUAAAUGUCCCAGAAAGGGAACGCAACAGGCACUUCUUCUGGGCACUGCUGCUUUGCAAAAUCCCAUGUGGCCAUUGCGGCUUCUGGGAGCAAAGUGCAAGAAUAAAAUAAAUGUUUCCAAGUUCUGCAAAGGGAUAAAGGGUUGUGGGGGUGUUCUGCAGUUUGUUUGCAUUUGGAGGGAGUUCUUUCCUGGCUGCAGAAGUUGGUGGACAGCUGCAGUAAGAGAGAGGAAUCUUCUUUGCUUCCUUCCACCCCUCUGGUUUUUGGGAUUUCCAGUUUAAGGUUCACCUCCUGCAUCCUGGGCAGUGGGUUUCCACGUCCCAAUCCUCCGAGACCCUCUCCCUGUGCAAUAAAGAUGAUUAUUUUUCCGAA